AAGGCCUCGGCCGACAUGCUCAGUCGCAAUAUUUCAAUGAUUUUGGAGAACCUACUGAAGCGCUACGAACAAUCGCAGCUGCCCACCCACGGACAAGGAGUGCCCACCGUGGUGCAGACCAACAUCCUGAUCCGCAGCAUGGGCCCUGUUUCGGAACUGGACAUGGACUACUCGAUGGACUGCUACUUCAGACAGUAUUGGCGCGACAAACGUCUCAGUUUCAAGGGGCCCAUCAAGAGCCUAUCUCUCAGCAUUAAAAUGCUCGACAAAAUUUGGCGGCCAGACACUUAUUUCUACAAUGGCAAGCACUCGCAAAUACACAUGAUUACUGUCCCAAACAAAUUGCUUCGACUUGACCAAAACGGUGGAAUUCUUUAUUCGAUGCGACUAACAAUUAAGGCUACGUGUCCCAUGGAGCUGCAAAACUUUCCAAUGGAUAGACAAUCAUGCCCCCUUGUAAUUGGAAGUUAUGGAUAUAUCAACCAGCAGCUAAUCUACGAAUGGAAAAAUCAAGAUGAUGCCGUGUCCUUCGUUCCGGGGAUGACAUUAAAUCAAUUUGAUCUCAUCAGCAUGAUGCAUCGUAACUCUACAACGGUGCGUCGCGAAGGUGACUUUUCAGUUCUGCAUGUGGCAUUUAAUCUCAAACGACACACUGGAUACUUCCUGAUUCAAGUCUAUGUACCCUGCAUACUGAUUGUGGUUCUGUCGUGGGUCUCGUUUUGGAUACAUCGCGAGGCCACGAGUGACAGGGUCAGUCUAUGUGUGACAUCGGUACUGACCCUGUCCACCAUUAGCUUGGACUCCCGAACAGAUCUGCCGAAAGUGAAGUACGCCACUGCCCUGGACUGGUUUCUAUUGAUGAGCUUUCUCUACUGCAUUGCCACACUAUUGGAGUUCGCUGGCGUCCACUACUUUACCAAGCUGGGCAGCGGGGAGAGUCCUCAGCUGGAGGAUCAGUGGGAGGACAUUAGUAUAGCCAACGAACCGUCGGAUCACGUGGCCGAGGAUGCGGACGAUGCUCCAUUCGCAGACGAGGAGGACACAAGCGAUGGCACCGAAAAUGAUGACAACGAAGGGGGUGUCAGCGAAUCGAUUGACUCCAAGAAUGGUGUCUGCGUAUGCAAAAAACACGAUGCUCUGGGCCUCGAAUACGAUGGUUUUCUUAGGCGCGAAAACAUUUUCUGUCCCACAUAUAAUGAGCCAUCGUAUAUCCUGCCUGCCACCAUGGAGAGCACCACCCAAACGGAGCCUCCGGCCGUUUCCCGUCUGCACCAAAUGUGGUUGUGCCUGAAGAGCGACAACAGUUUCCGGAAACAGCGAGAACGCAAAGCAGCGGAGCAAAAAAGCCAGCAGGGGGGCGCCAACUGUUAUGUUAACAGUGUGUCCCUCAUUGAUCGUGUUGCCCGAAUAGCCUUCCCGAUGUCCUUUGCAUUUCUGAACCUUUUGUACUGGCUGACUUAUGGCAUGUAUAAGAAAGAGUUCUCAUGGUCCAACAUGAAGGCAUAA